AUGGACACAAAAUCUACAACUCAAAUAUCAACAGGAGAGAUAUCUGAAACAGCAAACCUGAUAACAACAUCUGCACAUAAUCCUUCAACAGACUUAACAUCCUCUUCUACAGCAACACUGAUGUUAACGUAUGCUACCUCAAAAGAACCAAUAUCUACUGCAACAACACCAAUAUCAUCUACGCUUGACUCUUAUACAGAUCUAACAUCUACUUCAACAGCAACACUGACUUUAACAUCUACACAUGUUCCGUCAACAGACUCAAUAUCUACUUCUACUUCUACAGUAGCAGUGAUAUCAACAGAUUUUUCCUCAGCUGAACCAAAAUCCACUGCUACAGCAACACCAAUUUCAACAUAUGCUUCUUCAAUAGAAACAAUAUCUACUUCUACAGCAACACCGAUUUCAGCAUCUGCACAUGUUUUUUCAACAGACUCAAUAUCUACUUCUACAGGAGCAGUGAUAUCAACAGAUUUGUCUUCAGCUGAACCAACGUCCACUGUUACAGCAACACCAAUUUCUACAGAUGCUUUUUCAAUAGAACCAACACCUGCCUCUACAACAACACCAAUAUCAACAUUUGUUUCAUCAAUGGACUUAACAUCUACUGCUAAAACAACACCACAUGUUCCUUCAACAGAUUCAACAUCUACUUCAACACCCAUAUUGAUACCAACAGUUUUUUCUUCAGCAGACCCAACAUCCACUGCUACAGCAACACCAAUUUCAACAUAUGCUUCUUCAAUUGAAACAAUAUCUACUUCUACAGCAACACCGAUUUCAGCAUCUACACAUGUUUUUUCAACAGACUCAAUAUCUACUUCUACAGGAGCAGUGAUAUCAACAGAGUUUUCUUUAGUUGAACCAACGUCCACUGCUACAGCAACACCGAUUUCUACAGAUGUUUCUUCAAUAGAACCAACAUCUGCUUCUAAAACAACACCAAUAUCAACAUUGGUUUCAUCAAUGGACUUAACAUCUACUGCUAAAACAAUACCAAUAUCAACAUCUGUUUCUUCAAUAGAACCUAUAUCUUUUUCUACUGUAACACCAAUCUUAACUUCUACACCUGUAUCUAUCAUGGACUCAAAAUCUACAACUCAAAUAUCAACAGCAGAGAUAUCUGAAUCAGCAAAUCUGAUAACAACAUCUGCACGUGAUCCUUCAACAGACUUAACAUCCUCUUCUACGGCAACACUGAUAUUAACGUAUUAUACCUCAAAAGAACCAAUAUCUACUGCAACAACACCAAUAUCAUCUACGCAUGACUCUUAUACAGAUAUAACAUCUAGUUCAACAGCAACAUCUGUAUUAACAUCUACACAUGUUCCUUCAACAGACUCAAUAUCUACUUCUACUUCUACAGUAGCAGUGAUAUCAACAGAUUUUUCUUCAGCUGAACCAACAUCCACUGCUACAGCACCACCAAUUUCAACAUAUGCUUCUUCAAUAGAACCAAUAUCUACUUCUACAGCUACACCGAUUUCAGCAUCUACACAUGUUUUUUCAACAGACUCAAUAUCUACUUCUACAAGAGCAGUGAUAUCAACAGAUUUUUCUUCAGCUGAACCAACGUCCACUGCUACAGCAACACCAAUUUCUACAGCUGCUUCUUCAAUAGAACCAACACCUGCUUCUACAACAGCACCAAUAUCAACAUUUGUUUCAUCAAUGGACUUAACAUCUACUGCUAAAACAACACCACAUGUUCCUUCAACAGAUUCAACAUCUACUUCAACACCAAUAUUGAUACCAACAGUUUUUUCUUCAGCCGAAUCAACAUCCACUGCUACAGCAACACCAAUUUCAACAUAUGCUUCUUCAAUAGAAACAAUAUCUACUUCUACAGCAACACCGAUUUCAGGAUCUACACAUGUUUUUUCAACAGACUCAAUAUCUACUUCUACAGGAGCAGUGAUAUCAACAGAGUUUUCUUCAGUUGAACCAACGUCCACUGCUACAGCAACACCAAUUUCUACAGAUGUUUCUUCAAUAGAACCAACACCUGCUUCUAUAACAACACCAAUAUCAACAUUGGUUUCAUCAAUGAACUUAACAUCUACUGCUAAAAUAUCACCAAUAUCAACAUCUGUUUCUUCAAUAGAACCUAUAUCUAUUUUUACUGUAACACCAAUUUUAACUUCUACACCUGUACCCAUCAUGGACACAAAAUCUACAACUCAAAUAUCAACAGGAGAGAUAUCUGAAACUGCAAACCUGAUAACAACAUCUGCACAUAAUCCUUCAACAGACUUAACAUCCUCUUCUACAGCAACACUGAUGUUAACGUAUGCUACCUCAAAAGAACCAAUAUCUACUGCAACAACACCAAUAUCAUCUACGCAUGACUCUUAUACAGAUCUAACAUCUACUUCAACAGCAACACUGACUUUAACAUCUACACAUGUUCCGUCAACAGACUCAAUAUCUACUUCUACUUCUACAGUAGCAGUGAUAUCAACAGAUUUUUCCUCAGCUGAACCAAAAUCCACUGCUACAGCAACACCAAUUUCAACAUAUGCUUCUUCAAUAGAAACAAUAUCUACUUCUACAGCAACACCGAUUUCAGCAUCUGCACAUGUUUUUUCAACAGACUCAAUAUCUACUUCUACAGGAGCAGUGAUAUCAACAGAUUUGUCUUCAGCUGAACCAACGUCCACUGCUACAGCAACACCAAUUUCUACAGAUGCUUUUUCAAUAGAACCAACACCUGCCUCUACAACAACAUCAAUAUCAACAUUUGUUUCAUCAAUGGACUUAACAUCUACUGCUAAAACAACACCACAUGUUCCUUCAACAGAUUCAACAUCUACUUCAACACCAAUAUUGAUACCAACAGUUUUUUCUUCAGCAGACCCAACAUCCACUGCUACAGCAACACCAAUUUCAACAUAUGCUUCUUCAAUUGAAACAAUAUCUACUUCUACAGCAACACCGAUUUCAGCAUCUACACAUGUUUUUUCAACAGACUCAAUAUCUACUUCUACAGGAGCAGUGAUAUCAACAGAGUUUUCUUCAGUUGAACCAACGUCCACUGCUACAGCAACACCGAUUUCUACAGAUGUUUCUUCAAUAGAACCAACAUCUGCUUCUAAAACAACACCAAUAUCAACAUUGGUUUCAUCAAUGGACUUAACAUCUACUGCUAAAACAAUACCAAUAUCAACAUCUGUUUCUUCAAUAGAACCUAUAUCUUUUUCUACUGUAAAACCAAUCUUAACUUCUACACCUACUUAA